AUGGGAAAAGUUAAUAAAGUUAUCCACUCGGACCCGAAUCUCGAGGAGCUCUUGCUCUCCCUCCAAAUAGAGAACGGGCUUCUCGAGAAUCCCGGGGAAUCUUCGGAGGCCUCUGAAGAGUCGUGUGCAUCCGGCGAUGAAAUAGAGUACAGGCCUUUGGACACAGGCCAUUGCGUCUCCCCAGCACUGGAUUUCAGCAUGAGGUCUCUGAAGGAAAAAGGAGAAUACAAGAUUUCCAGAGGAUCUCUACCUUUUUCACUGUUUGAGGCGAUAGGAAAGAAGGAAAGGAGGGAGCAGACUGUCGUCGCGAGCCAGAAGUUCUUCAUCGAGGGAGGAAAGUAUGACUAUGGCUUUACUCCUGAGGAUCUAAGACAAUAUGAUAUCAAAAGAAGAAAGAAGACGAAGAGGGUAUGUCCAAACUGGGAGGAUAUUGCCGAAGAGAAAAGAAACGAGCCCAGGAGAAUCUGUGUCAGGUCUCUUCAGCUGAAGAAUAGAAGAUGA